AUGGCGACCGAGGUGACAGCCUCAGCGCCGGGCGACACUGCGACCGCGACAGCCCCUCCUCAAUCGUCUUCUUCCCCUCGCUCCCCGUUGUUUGCCGACGCCAACGUCGACGAUCGAGACGCGGACCUUCAGAACGAUGCAGCCCAGGCUGCAAGUAGAAGCUCGCCCGUGCAAUCUCCAGUAGCAGCUCCGCCAUAUUGGUCGCCCAGUCAGAGCAAUCCGCCGCGAUUCUUCGGCGACCACGGCGGCAGCGGCAGAGCAGUGCCGCCCCAUAACGGUUCGACCGACAGCUUCGCGCCCACAAAUGCCAUCGUGAUGCAUGACAAUGAGACGGCCGGGGAGGAUGCGACCCCAGAGCGAGUGUCUGGUCGUGAUCGCAACCGCGCCUGCUGGGCCAAGAGCGUAUCUGUGACCGACUAUGUCAUCGUCAACAGCAGCACCACCAACAUCGGGGCCUUUGUGGUAUGGAAUAUCAGGGUCGAGACUUUGAGCGGUUCAUACAUGAAUAUAAGAAAGCGCUACUCAGAAUUCGACGACCUCAGACACAAACUAAUGAUGACCUUUCCAAACUUCGAGGCUGCUGUACCGGUCUUGCCGCCCAAGAGCGUCAUUGCAAAGUUUCGACCCAAGUUCUUGGAGAAGAGGCGCUCGGGGUUGCAGUACUUUCUCAACUGCAUCCUCCUGAAUCCGGAGUUCUCCGGAUCGCCCGUGCUGAAAGACUUCCUCUUCUCCUGA